GACCAUUUUUUUUCUCUGUCAAAUCUGACGGUAUAACUUGAGGUGCAGUCUUCUUUUUUAGUCUUAAUUUAGUUCCAAGCGCCAUUGCGAUCGACAUCACGCCAAAAAUAUAUAAGUCGCCACUACAUCCUCCUAUCUUCCUGCAAACAAAGCUUACCUUCCUUCUCUCUCUCUCUCUCUCUCUGAACUCUCUGAAAUUAGAGACGAUGAAGUGCAGCAGAGUCAGAUUAGUUCUUGUGAUGGUUUCUCUGCAGGCCAUGAUCGCCAUGCUGCCAGAUGGAGCAGGAGCACAAAAUGGAGAUGGGAGUAGGUGCAGCAAGGUGAGGUGCGGGAUGGGGAGCUGCAGCGAGUCGAGCGACUACGUGUUCGGGUUCGCGUGCAGGUGCAACCCCGGGUGGAGCCGCUACCACCUCGGCAACCUGCAGUUCCCCUUCCUCCCAUGUGUCAUACCCAACUGCACCAUCAACUACUCGUGCCAGAACGGGUCGUCGUCGCCGUCGCCGUCGCCGCCACCGCCACCUCCUCCGCCGCCGGCGAUGCCGUCGCUGACGAACCUCUCCAUCUACGACCCUUGCCUCCUCCAGUACUGCGGCGACGGCGGCAGCUGCGAGAGGUCGUCGGAGUUCGGCCACCGCUGCGCCUGCCACGACGGCUUCCAGAACCUUCUCAACGACACCUCCUACCCUUGCUACCGGCAGUGUUCGCUUGGGUCGGACUGCUCCGGCCUGGGGAUCAGCAUGUUCAACGGGUCGCAGCCGGGGACGGCGCCGCCGGCGCCGUUCUCGUUCACCGUCAAGAAGUCCGGCGCCGCCGCCUCCUCCCUUCUGCCGGCCGGCGGCGGCGUGCUGCUCCACCUCCUCCUCGUGCUGGUCUCCUCCUUCAUGAUAGGAUGAACAGCAGAGCACAGCUAGUAGCAAUAAUAGAGAGACAGGCAGAGAUUUCUUUUCCCAUAUUGAGGAGACGUUUUCUUUUUCCUAUUUACACCCCUUUUUCAGUAGGAAUUUUGUUUCAUUCAUGUGAUCAUCAGUGUAUGUUAAUAAUUUCAUAGAAAUAAAAUACUUAGCAGUAGAAGAUCUUGUGCACAUCAGUAGAUAAUAAUGCUGCGCUAACUAUCACACCAGGCACCAGCCAUACUCUUCAAAAGAUCUGACCACCAUCAGCAGCAGCAAGCCAGUAACAGCUUCAGAAGUUCUGUCCA